AUGACUCAGAUUGAGGAUAAAUUAGAUCAAAUUCUAGGAAAACUACAGAAGCUAGAUGAUUUGGAUGAGAAGGUCGACAAAUUGAAUAGUUCUCUUCGAAAAGAAAUAGAUGAGAUUAAAGUUGAAAUCUCCCGCCUAAAGCAAGAAAGUUCGAAUAAGGACAGACGAAAUGAAGAAAGAGAUAGGAAGUUCAACUUGUUGCCUUUCGGUGUUGGAAAACGACUGGUCAUCAAGGGGAAUCAAGACCAAAACCUCCCAGGUUUAAUUAUAGGCACACUCAAUAUAAGAACACUCAAGACAGAAGAUCGACUCAUCGAACUAGAGGAAGCAUUGAAGGAAUCUAGCAUUGAUAUCUUUGGUAUAGCAGAAGUAAGGAGACACUCCGAAAAAAUGAUUGAAAGGAGCAGUGGAUUCAUUUUCUACCAUUUUGGUGAGACAUCAGGUCAUAAAGGUGUUGGAUUCCUUGUUAGAAAGGAGUUGAAGACGAAAAUCGUAGAGUUCAAAGAUAUAUCCGAAAGGAUAGCAUUGAUGAAGUUGAAAACCCAGGGAAAACUGUUACAUAUUUUCCAAGUUUAUGCUCCUACUUCAAUGGCUGAGGAAGCUGAGCACGAAUCAUUUUACAAUUCACUCACCGCAGCUCUAAGCAGGGAAAGAAACAAUUGGAAACAUAUAACUUUGAUUAUUGGUGACUUCAACAGUCAGGUGGGAAAGCAGGAAGAGGGUGAGAGGCUUACAGUGGGGAAAUAUGGCUAUGGGACAAGGAACGAUGCUGGACAAAGACUGGUGGAUUUCUGUCAAGAGCAAGGAUUAAGAAUAGUUAAUACAUUCUUCAAGAAACGAGCUGGGGGACGUAGUGGGGAGUCAUUGGCAUCCUACACUUCCCUCUCCAACAAACCAGUUCACACCACUCUCUCCCCCCAACAAAACAACUGCUGA